AUGGCCACCGCCACCAGGGCCACCCUCGCCACCGUCGCCACUAUCGCCACCGCUAACAGGGCCACGCACUAUCGCCACUACCACCCUGGCUACGCAAGGAUGACUCUACGAUCGAGGGUGCGGGGGUAUAGUGGGGUGCCGAGAGCGCACGGGCCAUUAUGGUUUGCCCUGCCAAGGCUCGUGACACAUUGUAAGAGAAGGCAGGUACGCCGGAUCAAGGUGGUCACAAUGCAGGAAGGUGGGCGAGGGCCACUGUUUAUAUACGUGCUCAGGGGCUCAGGCCCGGGGCGCCAUGGCGUGGCGUAG